AUGGCCUCCGCAGGAACAGAGCACUACAGUAUUGGCCUCCGCCAGGGAACCAGCUUCAAGCAGAGCGGCCCCUCCGGCUCGGUGCCCGCGCGGCCGCCGGAAAAGCCCUCUGAGGGCAGAGGCUGCGCGCAGGCCCAUCAGCAGGUGAAGCCAAUCUGGAAGCUGGAGCGGAAGCACGUGGGGACACUGUCAGCGGGGUUGGGCCCCGGCCUCUUGGGUGUCCCAACCCAGCCAGCGUAUUUCUUUUGCCCCGGCGCUUUGUGUAGCUCAGGGCGCUCGGCUGUCAUUGCGGGCCGCAGCGGCUCCCGUUCCCUGCACUCCCUCCCAGACCUGUUCAGCGGCACCCUGCUGCACCGCCGCGCCGGCUACGGGCACAGACCCUACCAGCAGCUGGAGUCCUUCUGCUUGCGCUCCAGCCUGCCGGAAAAGAGACCUCUCUCUCUCCCUCCAAAGAGCCUCCCUGUCAGACUCACUGCCAGUAAGGCCCCUUCUUUCACGGUCUCCCCCAUGGCCCAGCCCAUGGCGUCCUCCACAGAUCCGUACCUCUCACUGGGCGCGGCUGGGGAAAACUCUUCGGGGAAGAGCCUGGCCUCUGCCAUCUCAGGGAAGAUCCCGUCUGCGCUCGCCUCCCCCCACUCCUCCUACAAGCCCAUGCUGAAUAACAACUCCUUCCUGCGGCCAAAUAGCACUAAAGUGCCUUUAUCGCAGGCCCCAGAGGGCCUGAAUACAGUACCCUCACCCAAGGUCCAUCUCGUCCCCUGGCAUCAUUCGGGGGGCACCGGAGACUGUGCACUCCAGCCCGUGGAGCACAAGGUGCCCCAGAGCAACGGCACUGUCCCAGGUGACGCCCCGGCCCCUAGCACCCUGUCUGCACCUCGCUCCUUCGACACUCUGACCACCAGUGUUGCCUCUUCCCAGUACAACCGCAGUAACUUAGCCGCAAGAGCAGAGCCGCAUCCUUGUGGCCUGGAUGGCGACUUGGUUCCUCAGGCUCUGACUAAGGAGGUUCGGUUCACCGAGGCCGUGAGGAAGCUGACUGCAAGAGGCUUUGAGAAGAAGCCAAGGCAAGGCUGCCAGUUUGAACAGUCUUGUUUCCUGAGCCCCGGCUUGCAGUGUGAUCUCAACAGGACCCGGCAGUGGAGACCUCCCAUGGUAGGCCAGCAGUUCCCGCAGGAGGAUGCCGGAGCAAACAGUAGGAUCCCCCCUAGCGCCUCGGACACCUUGGAGUUGGACAGUACAGUCUUCUGUACCAAACGCAUCAGCAUUCACCUCCUUGCCUCCCAUGCCAGUGCUCUCAGCCAUAGCCCUGCCUGUGGAUCUGCGAUGGACUCCCUACCACUUGGAGAAGACAAAACUCCCGUUCUGCCUUCUCCCCCUCAGCUGCUUGGUGUAGCUGACGUAGCCACCCGCCUUUCUUCCAUCCAUCUGGGCCAGCUUGGGAAGGAGGGGCCUAAGGAAGCCAGGGGACUGGACUGCCCUGCUAGGGAUAUCGGUUCACCUGCAGACCCCCAGCUAGACCUGGGUGAGGCUGAAGAUCUAGAAGAAGAGCUAGUAGAUGGUUUGGAGGACUGCUGCAGCCAUGAUGAGAACGAAGAGGAAGAGGGAGACUCAGAGUGUUCCUCAUUCAGUGCUGUCUCCACCAGCGAGUCAGUAGCAGUGAUCUCUCGGAGCUGUGCGGAGAUUCUGACCAAACCCCUCUCCACUGAGAAAAUUGUCCGGCCAGCCCUCAUCUACAGCCUCUUUCCCAACGUGCCCCCUACCAUCUAUUUUGGCACCCGGGAUGAGAGAGUGGAGAAACUUCCCUGGGAGCAGAGGAAGCUGCUCCGGUGGAAGAUGAGCACAGUGACCCCCAACAUUGUCAAGCAGACCAUUGGACGGUCCCACUUCAAAAUCAGCAAGAGAAAUGAUGACUGGCUGGGCUGCUGGGGUCACCACAUGAAGUCUCCUAGUUUCCGAUCCAUUCGGGAGCAUCAGAAGCUAAACCACUUCCCAGGUUCCUUCCAGAUUGGGCGAAAGGACCGACUAUGGCGGAACCUGUCUCGCAUGCAGAGCCGCUUUGGCAAGAAGGAGUUCAGCUUCUUCCCCCAGUCCUUCAUCCUGCCGCAGGACGCCAAGCUCCUGCGCAAAGCCUGGGACAGCAGCAGCCGGCAGAAGUGGAUUGUUAAACCACCAGCGUCAGCCCGAGGCAUUGGCAUCCAGGUCAUUCACAAGUGGAGUCAGCUCCCCAAGCGAAGGCCCCUCCUGGUACAGAGGUAUCUACACAAACCCUACCUCAUCAGCGGCAGCAAGUUCGAUCUGCGAAUCUAUGUUUACGUCACCUCCUACGAUCCUCUGCGGAUUUACCUCUUUUCAGAUGGACUCGUCCGCUUUGCCAGUUGCAAGUAUUCCCCUUCCAUGAAGAGCCUUGGCAACAAGUUCAUGCACCUGACCAACUACAGUGUCAAUAAAAAGAAUGCCGAGUACCAGGCCAAUGCCGAUGAAACGGCCUGCCAGGGCCACAAAUGGGCACUGAAGGCUUUAUGGAACUACCUGAGCCAGAAGGGAGUCAAUAGUGAUGCCAUCUGGGAGAAGAUAAAGGAUGUUGUUGUCAAAACCAUCAUCUCGUCCGAACCCUAUGUGACCAGCCUGCUGAAGAUGUACGUGCGGCGGCCGUACAGCUGCCACGAGCUCUUCGGUUUUGACAUCAUGCUGGAUGAGAACCUCAAGCCCUGGGUCCUGGAGGUCAACAUCUCCCCGAGCCUCCACUCCAACUCUCCACUGGACAUCAGCAUCAAAGGCCAGAUGAUCCGGGACCUUCUGAAUCUGGCAGGCUUUGUUCUGCCCAACGCAGAGGAUGUCAUGUCCAGCUCCAGCAGCUCCGGCAGCUCCAGCGCCAGCCUGCCCAGCUCCCUCAGGGAUAAAUGUCGAAUGGCCCCAGAGCAUUUCACUGCACAGAAGAUGAAGAAAGCCUAUUAUCUGACCCAGAAAAUUCCUGAUCAGGACUUCUAUGCAUCUGUGCUGGAUGUCCUGACGCCAGAUGACGUUCGGAUUCUGGUUGAGAUGGAGGAUGAGUUUUCUCGCCGUGGUCAAUUUGAACGAAUUUUUCCUUCUCGAAUCUCCUCUCGCUAUCUCCGCUUUUUUGAGCAGCCACGAUAUUUCAACAUUCUCACCACCCAAUGGGAACAGAAGUACCAUGGCAACAAGCUCAAAGGAGUAGAUCUGCUUCGGAGUUGGUGCUACAAAGGGUUCCACACAGGAGCCAUCUCUGAUUCUGCUCCAAUGUGGUCUCUCCCAACAUCACUUCUGACCGUCCCAAAGGGCGAUGUGGCCCUCAGUGCUCUCUCCAAAUCAGAGACUGGCAAGCUGGGAAAACACAGCUUCUCCGAGGGAAGCAUACCACUCUCUGAAGAUGGGACCAUCCCGAAGCCCAAGAAGACCCAAGCUGGCCUUUCUCCUCUCCCCGAGAAACCCAGUUCUUCCAGGGACAGUGAGGACACCAGCAAAGAGCCCAGCGUCUCCACCCAGAUGUUACCUCUGAUGAAGUACUCUGGGCAGACUUCGAGACUGUCUGCUUCCCCCACCUCCCAGUCAACCGGUGACUCACUCCUGGCUGCUGUGAGCCCAUGACUGGCCUCCCUCCACUCGCCCCUGCCUAGGAGCACCAGUGUUAGCUACCUCAUGGGAACUGGCCGGCCGGCUGGCUGGCCAGCCAGCCUGAGCCCCAGCCCCUUCCUCAAAGUUUUUUUUUUUUUUUUUUUGAAGUGGUUGAAUUGCAGAGAUGGGUAUCUGGAGGGGUGGUGGGAAUGUGGGAAUGGGGAGAAGGUGAGGAAGGUUCACUGGCUGGUACCUCAUAUCUUCACAGAGAAGCCACUGAUGGCCACUCAGCCUUAUAAAGCAGGGUUUGG